AUGGAAAUGAUUUUAAGUUCUGAAAUAUUGAUGUGCCUGCUCAUUUAAAAUGGAUUAAACGUCAGAAUAAUUAAUUAUUGGGAUUAAUCAAGACUUUCUGGAUAAUGCGAUUAACUAUCAAAAUAUUAAUCUUUGCUGUAUCAGCUUGGGAUCUUAUAUCGUGUGUGCAAGGAUCUUUAAUAUGGAAAUUUCCAGGAACAGGUAACCCUCAAUGUAACGAGAUGGACCCACUGAACGAUACAAAUAACAGUUCCUCGGAGCUCGAGUCCGAUAAAAAUUUCUAUGAACUCGCCGUCUUCAUCAAUGGGGUGAUUCUUUACCCAUGUAUAUGCAUUCCAGGACUACUUGGAAACGUACUCACACUGGUGGUUUUAUCACAAACGAAUAUGCUUUCUUCUACCAACGCAUUCCUGAGUGCCCUUGCGGUGUCGGACAUGGUUAGCCUGAUCAAUGACAUAAUAUAUUUCUCUGUAAUGGUCCUAUCAAAAUCAAGUCCGGAAGUGGCGUAUCAUAUUUACGUUCAUGUGUACCCGUUUGCUCAUUUUGUUUUCAAUAUUGCUAACUCUGUCUCGUCAUGGCUUACAGUGUCAGUUGCAAUAGAACGAUUUUUGCUCGUUUGUUUUCCCGCCAAAUCUCGGACUAUGUGUACACGAUCACGUGCUAUUGCAGGAACUGUGGUUAUCAAUGCUGUAAUGCUGAGCGUUUCAUUGCCGUACGCUUUCCGAUAUAAAGCAGUCCCCGUGUUCGACAAUACAAGAAAUGUGACCAUGCUAGAGCUCAACUUGACCAAUUUGUGGAAGGAUGAACAGUUUUCAGUAUACUAUUCAUGGUGUAUAAAUUUUCUCAGGUGCAACAUACCUCUUGUCAUUUUGAUCAUCCUUAACGCCUGUAUCAUCAAAGCGCUUUUAAAACUUCGUGCUAAGAAUAGAUCACGGUAUAUACAUCGACAAAGGGUGACAUUCAUGCUUAUUAUCAUCAUUAUGAAGUUUUUGUUAUGUACAACGCCAGAUGCCAUUUUGUCGACAUUUUACGGGUAUGGAUACACGGAAGACAAUUAUCGAGUACGCGGGAUCCGUGAAUUUACAGACAUGCUACUUGCCUUAAAUGCCGGCACCAAUUUCGUUGUUUACUGCGUUUUAAGUGUGACAUUUCGAAUGAACUGCAGGAAACUUUUCUGUCAUAAGGAAGUUCCAAAUGGUGCGUCAAGGGACAAAAAAUCCGUGUACAAGCUCUUGUCAGAUAAAUCGAUAUUUUGGAAACAAAACAAGAAAAACAACAGUAGCCUUUGAAUCAGGGAUAAAACACAUUGAACUGUGAACUACUAACUAAUGAGGUGCCAUACAAUUUUUUUUUCUUAUAAUUAUUCUUUUAUAUGAUUUUCCGUCCCCUUGUAGUCUUUGUAGCUUGUUUUGAUCAUGCCCCGAUGUAAUGAAUGACUUUCUAGUUGAACUCAAUGUUUAAAAUAUUUCUUUCCUAUUGGUUUAUAUGAAAAUAAAUCAAACAAAGUAAAGAAAUGGUCUUCAUUAUCGCUUUAUCAAACUGUUAAUCUGCAGGAACACGAUCAAGUGUCAGUACAUUUUAUAUGACUACAAUUUUGACCUCAGUUAAAGUCUGUUUAAUUUCAUGAUCCCAGGACCAAGAGUCUUUUAAUGCAUGUCCUUAGAGAGUUUCUCCUUUUUUUAUGCAAUUAAAGCAAUUUUGUUUUCUGAAAUAUAAAUAUUAACAUUAAAUGAAAAACGGUAAUAAGAAUGUUUUGAUAUGCAAACAGUAAAAUUCUGUUGUAACGAAUCAAAAUUGAAUCUCUGCAUACUUUCUCAUAUAUAUUUGUAGCUCCCGAUACCUGUACAUGUAUAUUGAAUCUUUAGUGUAAACUGAAUACACCAAUUCCGAAUUUCUUUAAACCUUUCAUCACUCAUCAAAAAGUAUUUAAGAGAAUAUCUUCCUUUUAAAUUUCUGCAAUUUUAUCAAAAGUCUGCCUCGAUAAAAGAUUUUUGUAAUUUUUUUAUGACUGCUGAUUCCGAUACAUGUAUCCCAUUAAUUUAAGACAAUGUUAUUUAUGGAAUUGCUGUCUAGUUAGUAUAGUAUGUCAGUGAUUCCUUAUAUUUCCAUUUCAUUGUGAAAUAAAAUUGUAGAUUUAGAUUUUAAAAAUGUAGACAGAGAUUUAAAUUACACUAGGACUCCCAUGCCAAUUUCAAUGUAGUCCUCGCCCACUAACGACAAACACAAAGGCAGCCGCGCGAGAUUUAAAUGCAUAUUUGGCCUCCCUAGCGUCAGGCACAGAGACAAAUGAGCACGAGAUUUGCAUGCAUAUUAGGCCUUCCUAGCUCCUGACCUAUCGACCUGCCUAAUUUAAAAUCCGGUAAAAUUAUCAAGAAAUCAACUCCUCUAACUUUCAAAGAGUUGUCACAUAGAAAAAAAUG